AUGUGCGAGGUGAUGCCCACCAUCAAUGAGACCGAAGGGCGCCGAGGCUCCGGGUCCCCGCUGCAGUCCGACUCUGAGGGCCACUUUGAGUCCCUGAUGGUAUCCAUGCUGGAGGAAAGGGACCGGCUGCUGGAGACGCUCAGAGAGACGCAGGAGAACCUGGGGAUGGCACAGGGAAAGCUCCACGACGUCAGCCAUGAGAGAGACUCCCUCCAGAGGCAGCUCAACACGGCUCUGCCACAGGAGUUUGCAGCGCUCACAAAAGAGCUGAACAUUUGUCGAGAACAUCUUCUUGAGAAAGAGGAGGAGAUUGCGGAGCUCAAAGCUGAACGCAACAACACACGGCUACUGUUGGAACACCUGGAGUGCCUGGUCUCUCGUCACGAGCGCAGUUUGAGGAUGACUGUGGUGAAGCGGCAGGCACAGAGUCCAGCGGGAGUCUCCAGUGAAGUGGAGGUCCUCAAGGCCCUGAAGUCUCUGUUCGAACACCACAAAGCCCUGGACGAGAAGGUGCGUGAGAGACUACGCGUCGCCCUGGAGCGAUGCAGUGCAUUAGAAGAGCAGCUCACCAUCUCGCACAAAGAAAUGUCUUACCUCAGGGAACAGAAUAACAUAAAGCGUGGUCAGGCUGAUGGAACCAGCGAAGUCAACCACAGCGAGGGCCUCCCCAACACCAACGGCAAGCGUGCGUCGGGCGACUCUCUCAGUCUGGAGGAGGAGAUGACGCCCCUUGUGGUGGGGAAGGUGGGGGAUCUACAACAGGUGGUGGACCGGCAGACAGCGGACCUGGGGCAGAUGAAGGAGCGGAUGGCUGCGAUGGUGUCCCGGAUCAACGAGCUAGAGGAGGAUCUGGACACAGCGAGGAAAGACCUAAUCAAGUCAGAGGACGUCAACACGCGGCUACAGAGAGACCUGAGAGAGUCGAUGGCGCAGAAGGACGACAUGGAGGAGAGGAUCACGACUCUGGAGAAGCGGUAUCUGGCCGCACAGAGAGAAGCCACCUCAGUCCACGACCUCAACGACAAACUGGAAAACGAAGUGGCCAACAAGGACUCGCUCUUCAGACAGACUGAGGAGAGAAACCGUCAGCUUCAGGAGAAACUAGAGUUGGCCGAACAGAAGCUGCAGCAGACGAUCCGGAAAGCAGAGACGCUCCCAGAGGUGGAGGCCGAGCUGGCCCAGCGAGUGGCUGCUCUCACAAAGGCAGAGGAACGGCACGGUAACGUGGAGGAGCGGCUGCGGCAGCACGAGGCCCAACUUGAGGAAAAGAACCAGGAACUGCUGCGGGCGCGGCAGAGAGAAAAGAUGAACGAGGAGCACAACAAGCGUCUGUCCGAGACUGUGGAUAAACUUCUGUCCGAGUCCAAUGAGAGGCUGCAGCUCCAUCUGAAGGAAAGGAUGUCUGCGCUGGAGGAGAAGAAUUCCCUGAUCAGAGAACUGGACCAUACUAAGAAGCUGAUCGAGGAGUCGCACCAUGAAAAGGAGCAGCUUCUGAUCCAGAUUGAAACCAUGAGAGCAGAGAGCGAGCAGGACCGAAGCCGGAGCAACUCUCUGCUACAUGGGCGUCUUCAGCUGAGCUCCACUCCUGACUUCAGAUAUCCGGUGUCUGCCUCCUCGAUGAUGGACAACAGCUCUGACCACUACAAUAGCGCUCUGGUUCUACGGCGGCCUCAGAAAGGACGAGUGGCAGCCCUGAGAGACGAGCCCUCCAAAGUGCAGACUCUGAACGAGCAGGAGUGGGAGCGCAUGCAGCAAGCCAACGUGCUAGCUAACGUGGCGCAGGCCUUUGAGAGUGAUAUGGAUGCGUCAGACCUGGAGGAGGACAGAGAUGCUCUCUUUAGCUCAGUGGACAUGUUGUCUCCUGCGGGACAAGCCGAUGCACAGACACUGGCCCUGAUGCUGCAGGAGCAACUAGACGCCAUCAACAAUGAGAUCAGAAUGAUCCAGGAGGAGAAGGAGAGCACUUCGAUCCGUGCUGAGGAGCUGGAGUGCCGGGUGGGCAGCGGUGAGAGCCUGGGCUCCCGCUUCAGGUCCAUGAGCUCCCUGCCGCCCUCCCUCUGUCCAGGCUCAUCUUUGGGGAACUCUCCCCCAGGUUCCGGGAGCUCCACCCCCAGGAUGGUGUCACGCAGCCCCCACCGUGAGAUGGACCGAAUGGGGGUCAUGACGCUGUCUGCUCAGGACAACAAAGCCACAAUCGACUGUGAGAGCUCUCCACCGUCGACGCCACGCUCCAUCCGUCUGAACCGGGACACUGGGCACGCCGCAAGCCACGAGGACAUCAGGGACUUCAGAGGCCUUCAGGACGGACAGGGCAGUAACCCCAGCAGUAGCAACAGCAGCCAAGACUCUCUGAACAAAGCUGCCAAAAAGAAAAGCAUCAAGUCUUCCAUUGGCCGCUUGUUUGGGAAGAAGGAGAAGGGUCGACCCAGCAUCCCGGGCCGCGAUUCCAGCAGCCAGGCUGGGACUCCUGAAGCGGAAAGCUCUCCAAAGGAUGGAUUGGGGAUGGGCACUUUGUCAGGGACUGCAGAGAAGACCAGGAAACUCCAGAAAAACCCAAAGACUGGGCACGAACUGCUGGAAGACGCGCGUCGACAGGGCUUACCAUUUGCUCAGUGGGACGGACCUACGGUUGUGGUUUGGCUUGAGCUGUGGGUGGGAAUGCCUGCUUGGUACGUUGCCGCCUGCAGAGCUAAUGUGAAAAGCGGAGCAAUCAUGUCUGCGCUGUCAGACACAGAAAUCCAGCGAGAGAUCGGCAUCAGUAACCCCCUCCACCGUCUGAAGCUGAGGCUCGCCAUCCAGGAGAUCAUGUCGCUCACCAGCCCGUCGGCCCCCCCCACCUCCAGAACGAGCACGGGCAACAUUUGGGUCACACACGAAGAGAUGGAAACUCUGGCGGCAACUCCCCCCACGACCUUGGCUUACGGAGACAUGAACCACGAGUGGAUUGGAAACGAGUGGUUGCCAAGUCUGGGUCUGCCGCAGUAUCGCUCUUACUUUAUGGAAUCCCUGGUGGAUGCCCGGAUGCUCGACCAUUUAACCAAAAAAGACCUCAGGGGACAGCUCAAGAUGGUGGACAGCUUCCACAGGAAUAGCUUUCAGUGCGGAGUGAUGUCUCUGCGGCGGCUGAACUACGACCGGAAAGAGCUGGAGCGCCGGCGGGAGGAGUGUCAGUUUGAUCUCAAAGACGUCCUGGUGUGGAGCAACGAGCGCGUCAUCACCUGGGUGCAGGCCAUCGGGUUGAAGGAGUACAGCGGAAAUCUUUACGAAAGCGGAGUCCACGGGGCUCUCAUGGCUCUGGACGAAACGUUUGAUCACAACGCACUGGCCUUACUGCUGCAGAUUCCCACACAGAACACACAGGCAAGAGCAACUCUGGAGCGUGAGUUCAACAGUCUUCUUACCAUUGGCACAGAACGUCAAAUGGAAGAGGACGACGAUAAGAACUUCCGCCGCGCACCGUCAUGGAGAAAAAAGUUCCGGCCCAAAGACGUGAGGGGACUGGGCGCCUCGGACACGUUACCGGCUAACUUCAGAGUGACCGGCGCUGGCUCCCCCUCGCCACAGCCAAAGAGAAGCCCCCUGGAUGGUAACCGCUGGUCAGAAGAUGAAGGAGACUUCCCUGCAUUUAAAACCAGGAUGUUGAACUGA